AUAUUUGCGCGUUCCGUGCGAAUAUUGUUUUUUUUUUUAACAUAUGCGAUGCGAGGUGUGUAAAAAAGCUAUUUCCGAUCGAACGAAACCGCAUCGGUGGCUUAGCGAAAUUCAGUGGACGCAACGAGACGCGAAUUCUCUAUCUGACUUUCCUCUCACUCUCUCCCCCUCUCUUUCCUUCGAAAUAGCACAACAAUUUGUCAUGUGUCAUUGUUUACGCACAACGUUGUAAUACGAUUGGACGCGAAAAUGAAGUGUACUACGCAUGAAAGAUCGUGCGUGUCGCGCGGUUAAAGCUAAAGUUAUCUCGAAGGUCUCGGCGGGAGCCGUUUUCGCUUGUGCACACACUUGUUUUCAGAGCCGUGACUUUUAACGCGGUACGGCGCGGCGAUAAACAUUACGCGUCACCGAUCACAUCGGGUGAUGUUGUCGAGCACAUACCGCGUACAUACUGAUUCGGCCUUGGCUAAAUCGCCGAACAUUGCGCCAAAAACGUUGCGCUCGCUCGUACCGCGUUACGAGCAUGUUACGUUCGUUCGUUGCGUCUCUCCGCGACGCAGUUCUGCCACGUGCCUUUCGCGAUUGAGGGAAAAGAAAAAUGCUCAAAAAUGAAAGAUGUAAUUGAUGUUCUUGCUAUGCAACGUGAAAAGAGAAACACAUUACAAAAGAGUAUUACAAUUGACUAUACAAAAUCAAGUGACAGCUUCACAAUUUCACGAUUUAUUUUUGAAUGUGGUUUAAAGUUAGAAGCUCAUCCACUUACAGUAGCUACUGCUGCGACGCUGUAUCAUAGAUUUAUAAAGGAAGCAACUCCACAAGGAUAUGAUAAUUAUUUGAUAGGUGCAACUUGUCUUUACUUGGCUGGUAAAGCCAAGGAUGAUACACUGAAGAUAAGAGAUGUAAUGAAUGUAUCGUAUAAUACACUUCAUAGAGGAUCUCAGCCAAUGGAUCUUGGAGAUCAAUAUUGGAGUAUGAGAGAUGCAAUUGUUCAAGCUGAGCUUCUGAUUAUGAGAAUGUUAAAGUUUCAAGUUACUCCUGUACAUCCGCAUAAGUACAUACUGCACUAUUUACGAUCUUUACAAGCAUGGUUUGGUGAAGAAGAGUGGUCCAAGUAUCCAGUUGCUAAAACUAGUAUGGCAUUGUUGCAAGAUUUUCAUCAUUCCCCAGCUAUUCUUGAUUAUCUACCGAAUUUAGUUGCAAUAGCUUGCAUUAACUUAUCAUUACAAAUUUAUGGUGUAGUUGUACCUUUAAUGGACGAAUGUGAUCAACAACCAUGGUUUAAUGUUUUCUGCAAAGAAUUAACAAGAGACAAACUGUGGGAGAUUAUGGAAAAAGUUAUGGCAGCGUAUGAUGACGAGCCUGAAACAAGAGAUAACUAAUAAGUAUACAUCUGUAUUACUAAUAAUUCCUUUCGUAAUGACUCAUUCCUUUUGUCAUAUAUAAAAUAAUUGUAUAGUUUGUAACACAUUGAAUACAAAACUAUACGUCAUGCGUAUAUUAUUAUUUGUUUAAUUAUGCGUUUAAUGUAUUAUGCUUUUGAAGAUUAAUAAAAUUUAUAAUGAA